UUUUGGUUUUUAUAGUAGCUCUUUAAUAUUGUGGUCGGGAAAUUGGCCGGAGCCGCUAAACCGAUCGAUGAUUUUGCGCAAUAAGGUUUCGCGCCAAUUUAUAGCUCGAAUCGAGAAUGGACAUGAGCAACAGAAAACCCUAGUGAAUAAGAUUCUGCUCAUCUUGAAACAGAGCAAAUCAAUCAAAUUAGUGCAUCAGAUCCAUGCCAAGGUGCUUGUUCACUCGAUUCAAAUGCCCAUGCACAAUUACUUGCUUUCCAAAAUCAUCGACCUCAGAGAUUUUAGCUACUCGACGCUUUUCUUUCCCAGAAUCCCGAUCAACAGUUAUGCAUACAACGUAAUGAUCAGGGGUUUAGCCACAACAUGGCAAAAAUUCGAUCUCGCUCUGGAUUAUUUUUACCAGAUGAAAUCGUUUGGGGUGAAGCCUGAUAAGUAUACGUAUCCAUUUGUGUUUAUAUCCUGCGGGAAUCGGUCGGAUUCGAGAACAGGGGAGAUGGUUCAUUGUGAGGUUUUGAAAAUUGGUCUGCUUUUGGAUUUUCACGUAGUUCAUUCAUUAAUUACGAUGUACUCGCGGUGUGGGGAAAUGAUUUGUGCAAGGAAGGUGUUCGAUGAAAUGACUGACAGGGAUUCUGUGUCCUGGAAUUCAUUGAUAUCAGGGUAUGCUAGGGUAGGGUUUGCUGGAAAGGCAGUGGAAAUGUUUGGGAAAAUGAGGGAAGGUGGAUUUGAACCUGAUCAAAUGACUCUAGUGAGUGUUCUUGGGGCAUGUGGAGAUUUGGGUGACUUGCAGCUGGGGAGAUGGAUUGAGGUUUUUGUAAUGGAGAAGGGAAUGGAGCUUAAUUCUUACAUAGGCUCUGCCUUGAUUAACAUGUAUGGGAAGUGUGGGGAAUUGGAGUCGGCUAGGCAAGUAUUCGACGGCAUGAAGGCGAAAGAAGUUGUCACUUGGAAUGCCAUGAUUACAGGAUACGCGCAAAAUGGACAAGCGGAUGAAACUCUAUCGUUGUUCAAUGUCAUGAUGGAGAUUGGACCGGAGCCUAAUGCAAUCACGUUAAUCGCUGUGCUCUCUGCGUGUGCUUCGAUUGGUGCUUUGGAUUUGGGAAGAUGGGUCGAAGAGUAUGCAACGACGAGGGGGCUUCAGCACAACAUAUACGUUGCGACUGCUUUAGUCGACAUGUAUUCAAAGUGUGGGAAUUUGGAAUGCGCAGCGAAGGUUUUCGACAACAUGCCUAAGAAAAACGAGGUUUCUUGGAAUGCAAUGAUAUCCGGACACGCUUUCCACGGGCGAGCGGGAGAUGCGCUCGCGUUAUUCCAGCGCUUGUUGGAGAACGAACACGGCGUGCUCCCGGAUGACGUAACGUUCGUUGGUGUACUUUCAGCGUGUGUUCACGGUGGUCUGGUGGAUGAGGGCCGUAGGCUGUUUAAUUUGCUGAGCACGUCGCUCAACUUGGUUCCGAAAGUUGAGCACUACUCGUGCAUGGUCGAUCUUCUAUCUCGUGCUGGACGGAUUUCGGAGGCUUGGGACUUUGUUCAAAAGAUGCCUCAGAAACCCGACGAGAUUUUGUUAGGAUCAUUGCUCGGUGCUUGCCAGAAAUUUAAGAAUGCGGAUGUUAGCGAGAAGGUCAUUCAGCUUCUCUUAGAUAUAGAGCCCGAGAAUUCGGGGAACUAUGUUAUAUCAUCCAAAAUAUACGCCGAGAUGAGGAGGUGGGAUGAUAGCGCGAAGAUGAGAAUCUUGAUGAAGGAGAAGGGCGUCGUUAAGACUCCGGGAUGUAGCUGGAUGGAGAUCGACGGACACCUUCGCGAGUUCCAUGCCGGUGAUUUGUUGGUUGAGGAUGCCGACAAGAUCGACAAAGUUCUUGACAUGCUUUAUCAGGACAUGGCAAUGGAAGAUGACCUAUACCUAGACACUUGAUUUGCUAUGAAUCUGCUGAUCCGAUUAAAUCAGCAUGAUGUUGAUUUGAUCGAAUUAGUAAAUACAAUCGUAACUUGACCGGAUCAGCACAAUGUCUCUUACAAGAUGAUGGCUUUGUUUAAGCUUUUGGUAUCGAAUUGGCAAAGUUAUUACGGAAUGGAUUUACUCGACAAGGAUUUGCACCCGGCAAUGUUGCUGUUGAAAACUGUCUAUGAGAGUAUGUCUCACUA